AUGGCGGAGCAGAUGGACACAAAGAAGCAGCAGGAGCUCCAAGCCAAGUAUACUGGCUACAAAAGCGGCCUCGAACAAAUCGCACGCAAGCUCGGCGACAUCGAGCAGGAACUAGAGGAGCACCGACUUGUCCUCGAGAGUCUGGAAAAAUUACCUACGGAACGUAAAUGCUUCCGUAUGAUCAACGGGGUGCUAGUUGAGCGCACUGUCGCGGAUGUCGUUCCCGCUCUCCAGACCAAUUCAGAUGGUUUGCGCCAGGUGCUCAAUGAGCUCGUCAAACAAUACACGAGCAAGCAGCAGGAAAUGGAUAAAUGGAAGAAGAAAAAUAACAUCCAAAUAAUGCAACAAUGA